AAAGACAUCUUGGUGCGCUUUUGAAUCGAUCGACCCGCAUCGGCUGGUUGGUUGGUUCCACAGGAAGCAGCAGGAAAACCCACGGAAAUCGAUUACAAUCGACACACUCUCCCUCGCGCACGAACUAUUUGAUUGGCAUUUAGCAGCCAGCCGUUUCUUUCCGCAUGCUAACAAGGGAGGAGACGGGUCGAUGCCGAUAGAAAGGGCUUAAAGUGCGCGACCGGCGAUGCUCCUCGUGUUGGUUUCUGGGCGGAAUGUGAUGUAAGAUACGGCGAGGAAACAAGUGAUUGAAAAAUUUGUUGUGGAAUCGGAAGCUGAACUGGGUAAUCGAUUUGUGUGUUGGGGGAAUAACAAAAGGAAAUCGGAGAAAGGGGUUUCAGUUGGGGGAGUGGGUCAUUCGUGCGUGUGUCACUAUAUUUAUCUUGUAAUCGGAGAUACUUCGGAAGAAUAGUUGAUGUUGACAGCGGUGGCGUCAGUUAGACGUUCAUAGUAGCGCCUUGGAAAGUGUGUACAGGAUAAUCAUUAUCGCUGUCGGUGAAGCUUGUCGGGAGCGAGUGAGAGUGAAAAAAACGAGGAAAUAAAGGUUGAAACACCCGAGGGUGGGAUGUCGUAAAAGUGGUCCACGAGGGUGAUUUAAUUGAUAAAACGGCGCACAGCGGACUCCAUCAAUCAUCAAAAGUGUAGGAAUGGCAAUAACGAUGUCAUCACGUGGUGAGGUCACUGUGCUGCCGAUGGUGACCGUGACCGGUUCGCAGGAGGCAUUCAGUGAAGCUGUCACUAUGACGUUCAGUUCCGUUAGUGAGCCAGCUGGGCGGAACAGCACUGGACAGGCUUUAAUCCAGGAUAAUGCCAGCGAUGUGAUGACAAACGAAAUGGUUCAAGUUGUGUUCUGCUUGCUGUACUCGAGUAUAUUCAUAUUGGGAAUCUUUGGAAACGUGUUGGUGUGCUACGUCGUGUUUCGAAACAAGGCCAUGCAGUCGGUGACGAACUUGUUCAUCACUAAUCUAGCCUUGUCGGACAUUCUGUUGUGCGUUCUGGCGGUGCCCUUCACACCUUCCUAUACUUUCUUCGGGAGAUGGAUUUUCGGAAAGGUUAUUUGCCACACCGUACCAUUGGCACAGGGCUGCAGUGUUUACAUAUCGACCCUGACGCUGACCUCUAUAGCGAUUGAUAGGUUCUUCGUAAUAAUCUACCCGUUUCAUCCAAGAAUGAAGCUGUCAACCUGCAUCACGAUCAUAGUCCUCAUUUGGAUCUUUUCUAUGUUGGUUACGCUCCCAUAUGGCCUCUACAUGAGCCAUCACGACGAUACCAAUGGGACCCUGACCAACGAAACCUUAUCGGAGAACCGUACAUAUUACUGCGAAGAACUGUGGCCUGAAGAUAUGCGAAAAGUAUUCUCGAUCGCAACAUCGAUCCUACAAUUCGUUCUUCCUUUUAUUAUCAUGGCCAUUUGCUAUAUCUGCGUGUCAAUUAAGCUGAAUGAUCGCGCCCGGUCGAAGCCCGGAUCCAAAACCACCCGCCGCGAGGAAGCCGAACGGGAUCGCAAGAAACGCACCAACCGAAUGCUAAUCGCCAUGGUUGCAAUUUUCGGCAUCUCCUGGCUACCGUUGAAUCUCGUCAAUAUGAGCAACGACUUCUAUUUGGACAUCAACGAGUGGCCAUACUACAACCUGUUGUUCUUCAUCGCCCACUUGAUCGCCAUGAGUUCAACCUGCUACAACCCUUUCCUCUACGCAUGGCUGAACGAUAACUUCCGGAAGGAGUUCAAGCAGGUAUUGCCCUGCUUCAACCCUUCCCGUGGACGAAGCACCAUCAGCACUCGUCGAUCCGAACAUCGAACCUGCAACGGUAAUAACGACACCGUUCAGGAAACCCUCAUUCCAUCUUCCCAAGUGCCAGCACCGGUCUGCAGUCGAUCUCCGAACACGACCACCACAACCACCACCGAUUCCAACAAACCUUCCGUCGACUCGAUCCUCCUUUCCGAAAUCUGUCCCCCUACAAUUCCCUCCGAUCCGCCCCUACUCCCAUCGAUCCAAAGCCAGGAAACGAUCGUCCUCCCGUCCGGGGUUCUGGAAACCCCCUUCGAAGUGCAACUACCUCUAACGCCCAAUCUCACCAACGGACAGCGGUCCAGCACCGCUGCCACCGCCGCCACCGCCACCAACGGCGUGGGGAGUGAUGGCCGCUCCCGCGCUCCGGUGCAUCCCAAGCCCAGCGGCAACCCCAAACUGCAGUCGCUGAUCCUGAUCAACGAUGGGACUUGCGGCGCCACCAAGAUGCCGGAGGUGCUGUAAGACAACCCGAACCAGAGACUGAGCCACCAACAAACAAAUUUAUCAACAUCGAUUCGAUACUCGUACGUGCGCAUGUGUGUGUGUAAUUUAUGGUGAUGCAACCGAAAAGUCCUUCCUUUCACGUCGGAGCAGAAAACUGACGGCAACAAAAUAGAACACAGAAAAAAUCCCAGCAAAAUGAUGAAAGAAACUAAUUUUCCAAUCCCUCAUCGUGGGAUGGACAGCUGGCAGCCACAAAGCUGCGCCAGCUUCCCUGUAGGUCAACACGGUGGCGAUGGACGUGUAGUGGCAACAUCGGCAGCAUCCGCGAAUGGCUGCCAUGUGUAACAUUUCAUCAGGACCUUGAUCCAGAACGACGACUUCGACAUCGCGGAAAGAAGUGAGAAUCGACGAGCAGGAAAUUAACGAGAGGAAAAAAAGCCACCGUCAACAGACGACGGCAACACGUUCGACCGCAGCAGGUGGUAACCAAUCGCACACGGCAGCUCGAGGGUGUUUGUACGAUUUAAUUGGAGCACCACCGCGGUAUCGGGCGUACACAUCCGCAGCCCACCACCAAUGGCGGUAUAUGUCGAUCUAAUCAAGAGCCGACCGCUACCCCCAUCAGCUCAUUUUGCAGCGAUAUCGUUCACGAGGAAGUGAUUACGAUUUGUUCCAUCGCUCUUCAAACUCAGAUGUGUAUCAAACGAAGCAGACCACAGACAACUUAAACGACGGAUGGCGGUUCACUCACUCCAAAACAACGGGACCGUCUGCCUCUGGGCCCGAGGCAGAUGGUCCAGUUUGAGGCUGUAGUAUUAAUUUGAGUUAAGCAAAUGUGAAAUUGUUUCCAAACAUCAAUUAGUUAGGUGUGCUUUCCUUAUCAGUAUCUCUUGGCAACAACUGUCGACGAUAAAACUUAUA